CCACAGAAAGCGGAAGCCUCUUUUCCGCUGCAUGUUUGAAAUGUUGACGUUUUUGCAAUUGCGUCUUGUCUGUCGUGAUGUACAAGCGCUGUUUAUUUGGUUUCUAAAAAACUAACUACAACUGUGUUUUGACGCAUUUAGGCUGCAAAUCAAAACUUUGACCCAAGCCAUUUUCAAUAUCCUACAAAAUCAUGAAUAAAGACUGGGCCAUUCUUCAGGGAUCUUUCCUCCUGGCUGAUAAGUUGUGUCUGCCCUCUUCUUUGAGCUCGCUCCAGAAAUGUGACUGGCACAAGGUGGGCAAUCCAGUCCUGGCCGCCAUGAAAGAAAUCUGUGACGAGGAGGAUGUUGGCGAUCUUCACAAAGACAAAGCUGCCUCCUGGCGGAAGCAGUUAGUUGGUGUCUUGUGGUUGAAGUUGUUGAGCAAAGAGCACGGAGAAGACAUAGAGGAGGCAUGGAAAGAGAGCCCCUUCUUCCCUCUACAGAACUCCCUCCCAGAAGUCAACUACACUGUCUUGAUAGAGCUGCUCAAAUCCUUGUCUGCUGCAGACACAUUUGCUCAUUUUCUACUGUGUCUUCCUCAGCGUCAGAUGUGUUCUGAACUGGAAAGAUUGUCGGACCAUGUGAAGAGCAACCCCGUGGAUGAAGACGAUGUCCAUUUCUUUCUUGAGUUGUGGUGGCAACUGUGGAAAGGAGAGGAGAAGUUUCCAGAGGGACAGGAUAGUAUUGCAGUGUUGUUUGCUAGCCAGGUUGCUCAUUUUACUUCUCAGCCUGCUAGUUUGACUCAUCAUGCUGCCAAAAGGCCCAAACUGGACUCAUCGGUGUUACCAAACAACACUGACAUCUUAUAUGUUCUCCUCAACACUCUCACAGAUAUGAAAGAUUUCAUAUCCAAACCAGAGCACUGCUUCCAGGCGCUCUCCAAUUGUCUUGAUGCCCUUUACACGACUUUCCUCAUGGAGCAAUCAGUCAUCCUUCCAAUCAAAGACAAGAUGGUCUUCCUAUCCAAAGCCGUGAUCAUCAGAGAGAAGAACAGUGUCAAGCUGAGUUCAGAACUUAUAGAGGAGGCUCAGCGAGACCUCCGAGCCUCUUACACCACACCCGAGUUUCAGCCGAGCAGAUUGAACUUUUAUGAAGCCUUAAAGAGGGUGUCGGAGCUCACUCAGUUCUGGCAAAACCGCAACUUGCUGAAAGCGUGUAGCAACUCUACUGUUAGCUAUAAUACUUUGAAACUACAGCAAAGUGUCCAAAGAAUGCUGUCGGCACUCGAAAAAGCCGACUUCAGAGGAGAAGAAGAGGCCGAGAAGAGUAAACUUCGAGGUUUACUGGCAUCACUGGUUUUCCCCAAGAUAGAGAGUUCCUAUGAGGUUAGUAUGAGAGUUGCCAUGACCAUCAUCAGCCACCGGCUGGAGGACUCUCACAAAGUCACCGUGUUGUAUGCCGGUGAGGAGAGCUGGGUGGCUUGUGACGAACAGUGGCUGGACUUCCUCGAAAAGCACCAGACAGCCUUCCACCGGUGUGACACACUGAUCCAACUGGCCUCCACCCUCACGAGGCAACUUCACAGCACGAACGUCUGUGUGAGCCGGAGCAGGAGGCUGCUCAAAGUUGUCACGGCCGCGUUCACUGCGCUGUCCUUGGAGGACAAGAAUCAAGCUUUGGUCGCCAUUCUGAGAUCAUCCAGCAAGGGCUUCUUCGGAUGCCCGGGCGGCUCCGCUCUGAUGGCCAGUUUUGAACAGGAGCUCAACAUGGCUUUCAACUGCAUUAUCCAGGGAGGAGGCGGAGCCUCAGCGGCGGAGGGCAACCUCAGUACAGCCGUGUCUCUCGUCGCCAGAGUGGCCUUUCAGAACCCCGAGGCGACUUUAAGAUCCUGCUGCCAUUCUGCCGUCUUCAAUAAAGGGGCGUUUUCUCUCAUGAGUAGGAUCCUAAAGCAGUUGCCCGGCCUCAGAGGUUUGACGGAAAGCAAAAAGGAAGGCGAAGGCAGAAGAAAUCCGACACGUCUACUCUGCAGGUGUCUACAGGAAGUAAUAAGCACCAGAUUGCUCUCAGACAAUGAAAAGGAGCAGUUCCUUCAGUUUGCGACUCUCUUGAUGGUGCCAGUGGCGACGGGUGAAGGAGAAAGAGAGACCCUUCUGUCGCCUCAGGAGCUAAUCAAUACCUUCGUCCUGCCUCAUCUAGCACGCUCAGGCAACGACUCAGUUGAUCUCAAGCUGAGCCUGCAACUUCUUCAUGCUGCCUUGUGUGCGGAGAGCCAGGAAGUAGACUCCUCCUCAGCCCACUGGGUGCUGGAAUGCUCACCCUUUCCUUUGCUCUUCGUCCUGGCUCAGAUACACGACCAGGCCCUCAGGUGUUGGGAGCAACCACCCAUGGAAACCAAAGAGCUGCUGACCUCCGUGCUGAUCACAUUGGCACAGGUCGUUGGUGCCCAGGUGGAAGCUGCCCCAAGUCGCUGGUCCAGAGCUCUCUUCUGGCUACACGAUAAGAUGAAGGGCCUGGACUGGGCGGUUCACUUCCACCUGAAACCCGUGUGGGGUGAACACUUCAAAAAUGAAGUUCCCUCAUCUUUGUUGGCAGUGUGUGAGCUUCCCGAGCAGGAGUGGACGGGUGUGAACCUGCCGCAGUACGGACAGGGGACCGGACUUUUGGCGUGGAUGGAGUGCUGCGCUUUGUCAGACUCCCUUCGGUCCACCAUGUUGUCUUGUCUGGCUCUGGACCAGCGCCAGUCGGAGCAUGUCAACAUGUUUAGUAAGGGCCUGCUGGUGGCGUUAACCCAGACUAUGCCCUGGUGCACUGUCCCCCAAUGGAGCAGAUUACUUGGAGCCUUAAAAGGGCUGAUCACCUCCAGUCGCCUCCAUGUGCCUUUCUCACUGGAGUAUGUGGACUUCCUGCCCCUCCUAGACUUGAGGACAUUUUCCUAUGAACUCAGCCUCUCGGUCCUCAUGCUCCGAGUCCUGCAGCUGCUCUGCGGAUCCAGCUGUUGCCACUGGCUGACAGGAGACGGCUGGGCUCACGUUGCCAUAUUAUAUGCCCACGUGGUGAAGGAGGUGAUUAACUCACUGAGGGCCAAAUUAGCCCUCCCUACAUCAGGCCUUCCGACAGUCUCGUCUCAAGUACAAAGCGAACCAACGACACACAAACCUCCGAAAAUGUCCCAAGACUGUUCGAAAGAUUUCAAAGAAGGCAUGCAGACCACGGGCGAGCAAGUUCCCAGUCAGGAGGUUCUUUUCGUUCUCAGUCAGGUCUUUUGUCACGUUCAACACGUCCAGGUGAUGAUGCCGGGUGGCCAGAGUGAGCCUCUCUUCCUGUCCAGCCUGGAGAUCCUCAGUCAUUACCAGGCCAUCAUGGGCGCUUUCCCUGAGAGCAGCAGUCCGCUGGAAAAUGAAAACAGCAAGCACUUUUUCAACACCAUCACGGAUAACCUGCCCAACCAGGAGAUGAAGUCCGUUCUCCAGCAGAAGAUAGCUCAACUCACGUUAUCUCCUGCGUGACGCCCUUGCCAUGUUUUUUUAUUUU